UUUUUCCCCCCAAAGCAAAGCAUGAACAGUUGUUUAGUGGAAAAUGGAGGCUGAAUUUUACAUGGCGCUUCUUACCUGCUUGAUCUUCUGGAACCCAGAGGGGUUUCAGAUCGUCCAUGUCCAGAAACAACAGUGCCUUUUCGAAAAUAAGAUCGUGUCCAUGGGCUCGUGCAAUGGGACGGAGAAGAACCAGCAGUGGAUGUGGACUGAGGACGCAAAACUCCUUCACCUGAAGUCUGCACUGUGCCUGGGCAUCUCCAACUCCUCUGGUGGCCCUUCCCGAUCAGCCAUCUUUGUCCACUGCUCCCAGGCCCCCCGAUGGACUUGCUAUGAGAAGACAGGGUUCCUUGAGGUGAAAAAUGCCUCUCUCUUUCUCAAGAAACAAGGCACCAAGGCAGUGGUCAAAAAGGGCAGGAAAUACCUCCAUAGCUGGAUGAAAAGAGAUGUCAACAAGGAGGGAAAACCAGUCAAUGAAAGCCUCUGCUUAAAAAAAGCUGGCCUGGGAGCAGAAUUUUCAGUAAGGAGCAUUAGGAACACGUCUCCUCCCCAAAUCCCCACUGCGUUUAAUGCUGCUCCGUACAGCCCAGACCAGCUCAUUAGCAAUACCACAGAGGCCUUCACCAGAACUACUCCCGAAAACUCCAGCCGAAACAGCAGCCAGGGGCAGCCCCCCAGUCUGCAGGUGACUGGAAGUACAGAAACAUCAUCAGUUCCCUGGACUCCUCGGCCCUUCUCCACCACCACUGAGGAGACCGGACUGGGGGAGCCGGCGAGGUGUAACUUCACCGUGACCGAGUCCGGGGUCUCCAGCCGGGCCGCGUCUCUCCAGUGGAGAACUCUGGGGUCGCCCUGUAACUUCAGCUUCAUCUACAUCAAUGACACAUCGGGGUUCACGAAGUGCCACCCCAGGAGGAUAGACAACACCACCUAUGAAUGUAACCCCAAGGAUUUACAAGCGGGAACCGUCUAUAACUUCAGGAUUGUGGCUCUGGAUGGAGAAGAGAGAACUGUGGUCUUGCAAACAGACCCUUUGCCUCCUGCUAGGUUUGAGAUCAGUAAAGAGAAGACUACUUCAACCAGCCUGCACGUUGGGUGGACUCCUUCAUCCGGAAGAGUCACCUGGUAUGAGGUGCAGUUACUUGAUGGUCACCAAAAGAUGCAGGAGGCCCAAAUUCAGGAGAGUACUUCAUGGAAUGAAUAUGCAUUUUCUAACCUUACUGCUGGUAGUAAAUACAAUAUUGCCAUCACAGCUGUUUCUGGAAAUAAACGGUCCCCUACAAUUCAUAUCAAUGGAUCAACAGUGCCAUCCCCGGUGAAAGAUAUUGGUAUUUCAGCAAAAACAAAUUCUCUCCUGAUUUCCUGGUCCCAUGGCUCUGGGAAUGUGGAAAGAUACCAGCUGAUACUAAUGGAUAAAGGGAUCCUAGUUCAUAACGUUGUUGUGGACAAAUAUGCUACUUCCUACACUUUUCAUGGACUGACAUCUGGCCACCUCUACAACCUCACCAUUGUAACUGAGGCUUCAGGGCUGCAAAACCGAAAGUGGAAACUGGCCAGGACGACCCCCACAGAAGUCUCAAAUCUGAAGGUGACAAAUGAUGGCACUUUGACAUCCCUAAAAGUCAAGUGGCAAAGACCUCCUGGAAAUGUGGAUUCCUACAACAUCACGCUGUCUCACCAAGGGACCAUCACAGACUCCAGAACAUUAGCACCCCAGGUUACAGAAACCCAAUUUAAAGGCUUAACCCCUGGACGACUUUAUCAAGUUACCAUCAGCUGUGUCUCUGGCGAAUUGUCUGCUCAGAAGAUGGCAGUGGGCAGAACAGUUCCAGAGAAGGUUGGGAACCUGGAGGCAAACAGCAAUGGUUCGGUGAGGUCCCUCGUAGUGAGCUGGUCGCCCCCUGCUGGAGACUGGGAGCAGUAUCGUAUCCUGCUCUUCAAGGAUUCCUUGGUGCUGCUCAACAUCACCGUGGGAAAGGAAGAAACACAUUAUGUCAUAGAUGACAUAGGGCUCAUACCGGGAAGACAGUAUGAGGUAGAAGUCACUGUUGAGAGUGGAAAUCUGAAGAACUCUAAGCGUUGCCAAGGCAGGACAGUCCCCAUGGCUGUCCUCCAGCUUCGUGUCAAACAUGCCAAUGAAACCUCCCUGGGCAUCAUGUGGCAGACCCCUGCUGCAGAAUGGGAAAAAUACAUCAUUUCACUAGCGGACAGAAACCUCUUGCUCAUCCACAAGUCACUCCCCAAAGAAGCCAAAGAAUUCACUUUUACUGACCUGGUGCCUGGACGAAAAUACAUAGCUACUGUCACCAGUAUUAGUGGAGACUUAAAAAAUUCAUCUUCAACGAAAGGAAGAACAGUGCCUGCCCAAGUGACUGGCUUGCAUGUGGCCAACCAAGGGACAACCAGCAGCCUAUUUACUAACUGGACCCAGGCAGCAGGAGACAUAGAGUUCUACCAAGUCUUACUCAUCCAUGAAAAUGUGGUCAUCAAAAAUGAAAGUGUCUCCAGUGAGACUAGCACAUACAGCUUCCACUCCCUCAAAUCAGGCAGUCUCUACUCCGUGGUGGUAACAACAGUAAGCGGAGGGAUCUCUUCCCGACAAGCGGUGGUGGAAGGAAGGACAGUCCCUUCCAGUGUGAGUGGAGUAACGGUAAACAAUUCUGGUCGCAAUGACUACCUCAGCAUAUCCUGGCUGCCAGCUCCUGGAGAUGUGGAUAACUAUGUAGUGACUCUGUCUCAUGAUGGCAAGGUGGUUCAGUCCCUCAUUAUCGCCAAGUCCGUCAGCGAAUGCUCCUUCAGCUCCCUCACCCCUGGGCGCCUCUAUGAUGUGACCAUAACCACAAGGAGUGGAAAGUAUGAAAAUCAUUCCUUCAGCCAAGAUCGGACCGUGCCUGACAAGGUCCAAGGAGUCAGUAUUAGCAACUCGGCCAGGAGCGACUACUUAAAGGUAUCCUGGGUGCAUGCCACUGGAGACUUGGAUCACUAUGAAGUCACCAUUAAAAACAAAAACAACUUCAUUCAAACGAAAAGCAUCCCCAAGUCUGAAAAUGAGUGUGUAUUUGUUAAGCUAGUUCCUGGACGGUUGUACAGUGUCACUGUUAGUACAAAAAGUGGGCAAUAUGAAGCCAGCGAACAAGGGAAUGGGAGAACAAUCCCAGAGCCUGUUAAGGAUCUAACAUUGCGGAAUAGGAGCACUAACGACCUUCUCGUGACUUGGUCACGAGCUGAUGGGGAUGUCGACCAGUAUGAGAUUCAGUUGCUCUUCAAUGACAUGAAAUUACUUCCUUCUUUUCACCUUGGAAAUACCGCAACCGAGUAUCGCUUCACCUCCCUAAUACCCGGGCGCCGGUAUAAAAUUCUCGUGUUGACGAUCAGUGGAGAUGUACAGCAGUCAGCCUUCAUCGAGGGCUUCACAGUUCCUAGCACUGUUAAAAAUAUUCACGUCUCUCCCAACGGGGCGACAGAUAGCCUGACAGUGAACUGGACUCCUGGUGAGGGCGAUGUUGAUUCCUACACCGUGUCCGCAUUUAGGCAGAACCAAAAGGUUGAAUCUCAGACUAUCCCCAAGCACAUCUCCGAGCACACGUUCCACAGACUGGAGGCUGGGGAGCAGUACCAGAUUGUGGUUGCCUCGGUCAGCGGGUCCCUGAGGAACCAGAUAGAUGCGCUCGGCCGGACAGUCCCAGCAUCUGUCCAGGGAAUAAUUGCAGACAAUGUAUACAGCAGUCAUUCCUUAAUAGUAAGUUGGCAAAAAGCCGUUGGCAUGGCAGAAAGAUAUGAUAUCCUACUUCUAAAUGAAAAUGGGAUUCUUCUGAGUAACACAUCAAAACCAGCCACCACGAAGCAGCACAAAUUUGAAGACCUGACACCAGGAAAGAAAUACAAGAUACAGAUCCUCACUGUCAGCGGAGGCCUCUUUAGCAAGGAAGCCCAGACGGAAGGCCGAACAGUGCCAGCAGCUGUCACCAACCUGCGGAUCACAGAGAACUCCACCAGACACCUGUCCUUCACCUGGACCACCUCAGAGGGAGAGCUCAACUGGUACAACAUCUUUCUGUACAACCCAGAUCGAACUCUUCAGGACAGAGCUCAAGUUGACCCACAAGUCCAGAGCUUUUCUUUCCAGAACUUACUGCAAGGUCGAAUGUACAAAAUGGUGAUAGUAACUCACAGUGGGGAGCUGUCUAAUGAGUCUUCCAUAUUCGGAAGAACAGUCCCAGCCUCUGUGAGUAACCUCAAGGGAUCCAAUCGGAACAUGACAGACAGUCUCUGGUUCAGCUGGAGUCCAGCCCCUGGGGACUUCGACUUCUAUGAGCUGAUUCUCUAUAAUCCCAAUGGCACGAAGAAGGAAAACUGGAAAGAAAAGGACCUGACGGAGUGGCGUUUCCAUGGCCUUGUUCCUGGAAGGAAGUACACCCUGUGUGUGGUAACUCACAGUGGGGAGCUCAGCAACAAGGUCACAGGGCAGAGCAGAACAGCCCCAAGUCCUCCCAGUCUUAUGUCAUUUGCUGAUGUUGCAAACACAUCCUUGGCCAUCACCUGGAAGGGGCCACCAGACUGGACAGACUACGAUGACUUUGAGGUGCAGUGGCUACCCAGAGAUGCAAUCACGGUCUUCAACCCCUACAGCAACAGAAAAUCAGAGGGACGCAUCGUGUAUGGUCUUCGUCCAGGGAGAUCCUAUCAGUUCAGUGUCAAGACUGUCAGCGGAGACUCCUGGAAAACCUACAGCAGACCAGUUUCUGGGUCUGUGAGGACAAAGCCAGACAAAAUCCAAAACCUGCAUUGCCGGCCUCAGAACUCCACGGCCAUUGCCUGCUCUUGGAUCCCUCCUGAUUCUGACUUUGACGGGUAUAGCAUUGAAUGCCGGAAAAUGGACACUCAAGAAGUUGAGUUUUCCAGAAAGCUGGAGAAGGAAAAAUCUCUGCUCAGUAUUAUGAUGCUCGUGCCCCAUAAGAGGUACCUGGUGUCCAUCAAGGUGCAGUCAGCUGGCGUGACCAGUGAGGUGGUGGAAGACAGCACCAUCACAAUGAUAGACCGCCCUCCUCCUCCACCUCCGCAUAUCCGUGUGAAUAAAAAGGACGUGCUAAUUAGCAAAUCUUCCAUCAACUUUACUUUCAACUGCAGCUGGUUCAGCGACACCAAUGGAGCUGUGAAAUACUUCACGGUGGUAGUGAGAGAGGCUGAUGGCAGUGAUGAGCUGAAGCCGGAACAGCAGCACCCUCUCCCCUCCUACCUGGAGUACAGGCACAACGCCUCCAUUCGCGUGUAUCAGACCAAUUAUUUUGCCAGCAAAUGUGCCGAAAGUCCUGACAGCAACUCCAAGAGUUUUAACAUUAAGCUCGGAGCAGAGAUGGAGAGCCUGGGUGGAAAAUGUGAUCCCAAUCAGCUAAAAUUCUGUGACGGACCGCUGAAGCCGCGCACUGCCUACAGAAUCAGUAUUCGGGCUUUUACACAGCUGUUUGAUGAGGACCUAAAGGAAUUCACAAAGCCACUCUAUUCAGACACGUUUUUCUCUUUGCCAAUCACCACCGAGUCAGAGCCUUUUUUUGGAGUUAUUGAAGGCGUGAGCGCUGGUCUGUUCCUAAUUGGCAUGCUGGUGGCCGUUGUUGCCUUAUUCAUCUGCAGGAGGAGAACGAGCCAUGGUCGAGAAAGGCCCUCUGCCCAGCUGAGCAUCCGCCGGGAUCGGCCAUUGUCUGUCCACUUGAACCUGGGCCAGAAAGGUAACCGGAAAACUUCUUGCCCAAUAAAAGUAAAUCAAUUUGAAGGGCACUUCAUGAAGCUGCAGGCCGACUCCAACUACCUUCUGUCCAAGGAGUACGAGGACUUAAAAGACGUGGGUCGAAAUCAACCAUGUGAUAUUGCACUCUUGCCGGAGAACAGAGGGAAAAAUCGAUACAACAAUAUAUUGCCCUAUGAUGCCUCUCGAGUGAAGCUGUCCAAUGUCGAUGACGACCCAUGCUCCGACUACAUCAAUGCCAGCUACAUCCCUGGCAACAACUUCAGAAGAGAAUACAUCGCUACUCAGGGACCUCUUCCUGGCACGAAGGACGACUUCUGGAAAAUGGCGUGGGAACAGAAUGUUCACAACAUUGUCAUGGUGACCCAGUGUGUGGAGAAGGGCCGAGUGAAGUGUGACCAUUACUGGCCAGCGGACCAGGACUCGCUGUACUACGGGGACCUCAUCCUGCAGAUGCUCUCAGAGUCGGUGCUGCCCGAGUGGACCAUCCGGGAGUUUAGGAUAUGCAGUGAGGAACAGCUCGACACACACAGGCUCAUCCGCCACUUCCACUAUACGGUGUGGCCGGACCACGGAGUCCCAGAGACCACCCAGUCCCUGAUCCAGUUUGUGAGGACUGUCAGGGACUACAUCAACAGGACGCCCGGGGCCGGGCCCACCGUGGUGCACUGCAGUGCCGGUGUGGGCAGGACUGGAACCUUUAUCGCGUUGGACCGAAUCCUCCAGCAGUUAGACUCCAAAGACUCUGUGGACAUCUAUGGAGCAGUGCAUGACCUACGGCUUCACAGGGUUCACAUGGUGCAGACGGAGUGUCAGUAUGUCUACCUACAUCAGUGUGUAAGAGAUGUCCUCAGAGCAAGGAAGCUACGGAGCGAACAGGAAAACCCCUUGUUUCCAAUCUAUGAAAAUGUGAAUCCAGAGUAUCACAGAGAUGCGGGCUAUCCUAGGCACUGAGGAUGCACCCGAAGCUAUCCUGGAGAAAAGCUAUUCACUGUGUGAUUUUUUUUUAACUCGCUUCAUGCCCUACACAGGUGCCAACUAUUUCUAUUGAUACUAUGUAUAAUUUAUUAAUCUGGAGAAUUUUAAAGAAUUUAUGUAAUUUAAAAGUAACAGAUAUUAUUGUACAUAGCUGUAUUUUGUAGUUUCUUCUGUAAAUAUGUAUUUUUUCAUAAUGUUUAAUAUUAAGCUUUAUAUAAUACUAUUUUCCACACCAAAGUGUCCAUGGGUUGUUCUACAGAAACUAAUACAACCUGUAUGACAGGACUGCUGUAAACGGAUGUGGACGUGGCUGCAGAAGCGAUCCCCUGGACCCUGGUUUUUGGCAGUUUUGGUAUUUACUGAACAGGAGAAAGGAUGGGCUGGGGAGAGCAUAUAACAUGCUGGCUUUGCUGCAUUGCUGUCCUAUGAAUCUUGGGAUCCAAAGAUGAUCCAAAUGCUAUUUGGACAAAUAGGACAGUCAAAAAAAGGACUGGGCAGAGGGGGAAGGGAUUAAGUAGCACCGAAGCCGAAGGCGAUGGCUGUGCCUAAAGUGGAUUCUCUCGCGCCUUUCUCCUGCCAGAGGCUCAAGCCAAAGUAGUCAGCUCAGGGGCUGCAGUGCAAGGCCGGGCUGCAGUGUGGAGGGCUGUGGUAGAGAAGGGUGUGAAGAGAAGUGAUGAAUUCUUACAUCAAGAGGAAUGCCACCUGGAUCCCUGCCUGUAAACGUAAUCAAACUGAGAGCACCAUCCGUAGUGAUAGGGGGGUUGUUCACUGUGCCACAGUGUGGAGCGUGGGCACGCGUGCCCUUACCGUCACGGAUGUGUUGGUCAACCUGCACACACUGGUCUUUGUCUGCAUUCCUGGAAAAGUCAAAAUUAUGCCGGUCAUACUUGGUUUUCCCAUCAAAAGAAGAUUGUAGUGGCAGAUUAUACUCCUGAUCAAAGGACCUAAUAUCAAUAUUUUUAUGGAAAUGCCCAUAAAUAUCACAUACCGUUAAUUUUUGUAAAAAGACUCAGUGGUGCUUAGUAUAAAAUUUUCCAAAAGACUCUUAGUAAGUCAUUGAUGUCCAAAUAUUACACAGUCACCUUAAGUUGUUUUUCAUAUAAAAGACACUACCUACUCUCCCAAGUGGAUCUUCCGAAUCUGUGCCUGUUUUGACUCCGCUAGAUUUCAGUGAGUCGGAAGGCGGGCCUGGCCCUCUCCCAGGUGCAGCCGAGGGGCCUCCUGGGAGAACCGGGAAGCGCCUGUGUGGGACCCUCGGGGCUGCCUGAGAACGGGCCAGGAGUGCUGGCCUUUUCCUCACUGCAGAUUUCUUUGGAAUAAACUGAAGAAUUAGAGAGUAAGCUUGUUGAUCUCACGGCUUCAUUUGCAAAGAGAACCCCUCUUUUCAAAGUGUGUAUUUUUGCUACCUACCAUAAAGUUCCAUAAGUACUCAGAUGGGUGCAACUGGUAUAGUAACUGAAAAUCAUUACAUGUAUCCAAAAUAGUUACUUAUAGCUAGGCAAGUCCACACCCAAGCCAGAGAAGUUUCCAGGGUUAUUUGAGAUGCAUGAAAACAGAGGGAAACUUUGUCAGAAUGAAGAUGAUAAUAGGAGGGUUCCACGUUUCCACAGUUUCCUUGUGCUCAGCACCUUCGUGAAUGACUGUGAGGCUUUGAUUCUGUUUCAGGGAACUAGCUGGAUUUUCUAAAAGUGAAAAGGAACAACAUAUAUGUAAGUGUGGCAGGGAGGAAAUGGAAGUCAGAGAUUUGGGAGAUGUAGCGUCUACUAGGAAUAACUUCCCCUGCAUUGAAAGGUAAAUGCAACAAAAAUAACCCACAGCAUUUUAGACUAAUGUUGCUCAGCACAAAGCACACCAACACAGGGAAAGACAAAUUCCUCUUGGCCUUUCAUUCAUCUAGGAAACGUUUCGUAAGUACCUGCAGCCUGCUAGGCCGUGUCCUAGAAACUACACGUUUCUACUGACAUAAGGAAUGCAGCACAAUAACAAAGUUAGGUUGCUGUUACUAUUUUCAGUGAAGCUCGAAAGAGGGGCUCAAGGAGGCAGCGAGGUGGCCACGCCAGCCCACAGCAGUGGGCAGCCUUCCCCAGGCCACACUGGCCAGUGCUGAUGCUGCGUCCGUAGCAAACACCGGAUCUAGAAAAGGGAGCAAUUAACUGCACAAAACAAAAAUUGAAACCACAAAAAACUACACAUCUGUAGCAGCCAAUCACACCCACAUACCUGGUGUGUCUGGGAUGGAAUUAGAGUCGUGGAAAUGGACACAAGGGAAAACUGUAUGUUCUUUUGGUCUAAUCUAGGAAAUAUUUAUUCUUACCCUCCACCCAUCUAAUUUUAAAUCUCCUUAGCAACAAUUAUUUCCCUAACUUCCCUCCCACCGCCACCAAAGACUAAAUACAUAAUCUAGUUGGUCUAGUUAUUAAAUUUAGGAGGGAGGAAAAAAAGGUUUCCUUGACAUUCAGCUCAAUUGGAUGUAUUUUAAUUCAAUCCCUUCCCGUGUUCUGCCUUGGUAAACACUCCGUUUCCUGUCCUGGUGGGCAUCCUGUCUGUGCACCUGUGUGGCACACUUUAAUCAUCAUCUUCAAAGUGUUCUGACUUAUCCAACCUUGGGAGAGGCCCGUCUUGCAUCUUAAUCAUUAUUUACCCAAGUUCUUUAUAAUUAACUCCUUUAAUCUCUACUCAUUAAGUCAAUUUCGUAUCAUCAUUCUGUUGUUCUCUGGAUAGCAGCCAGUUUUCAGCUCUUGAAUCUGAUUUUUCAAAGGCACAUUUCCCUGUCUGGGCCUACACACACUGGUCCUUCGUGAUUUGCCAUCCCCGAAAGAUUAUGGGGUCCUCUUUUUCACUCACUACCUGCCUGCCCACUUCUCUUUUAGAAUACCUUUUUACUCUCUGUUCAUUUUAUCUCCUUACACUCAUUAGCAUUUUGUAAUCUUCUCAGGCUCCAUCUCAUAGAAGAGACAACCAUGACUACACUUUUCAAUACUAAAAUGGCCACAGCACACAGACAUUUUGGAGAUAGUUUUGUUUGGGGGGGUCUUUAGCUAAUUUUAUUAUGUCUUGGAAGAAAACCCAAAAGGAAGUGUGAAAAUAAUGUAAAACUACUAAGCAGUUGUCCAGCAAUACAGAAACAGACCUCACAUGUUACACUUCACAGUCUGAUUCUCUUGCCUUAGUGUCUCAGGAAGCAGUUUCUUAUAUUAAACAUUCCUCUUACCUUUUGCAAGAAAAUGACCGGCCAUCUAUUAACUUUGCAUUCAGUUGGCUUUCUGGGCCUUUGAGGUCAGAAUCCUGAAACCAUAACCUGCCAGAUGUGUCUGACAGCAAGUAGUAGGAUCCAAGCCCCAACUCUGGAGUCCUCCAGACUGAAGUUCACACACAUGAGCCAGACCAAUUGACCUGGUGAACAACAACAGAUAAUAAGCUGCUUGUUCGAGGCAGCAGUUCGAGGACUUUCCAGGUUCCUUUUCAUUGAGGAAAGAAAGUAAUUGGUCAGAGUGACAAGAAGGAAUGGUUGCUCCUCCUCCAGGUGGCUUUGAGCAAGCCCUCAGCCCUACCUCAGUUCUGAAGAGUGGAACCGACUUCAGCCCAAAUGUCCUAAGUUUCUGAGUAUUUUAACGGAAAAUCUGUAAACAAUGGCUGCUGAAAGCAAAUGAAAUGCUGCAAGGAAAGGAAAAUAUUAGGAAAGGAGAUCUAACCA